CAGCGAGGAGAUCACGAGGGAGGCGUUCGCUUUAUCACUAGUGCUUGGCUGGACGCAGCGUCUGAGAUACGAGUGACGGCAGGUGGCCACCAUCGACUUGGAUUGGAUCCAUCCGCAUCCGAGCAGUAGCGCACUCGUCGCCUUCUCGACACCACUCUCCUUUUCUAGCACUCUUCACUUCCCUUCUCGGCAGCCAUGAACGGCUAUCGCUUUGCCUACUCCUCGCAGCCCCAGAGGCUUGUGAGGGAGGUCCAAUUCGGUGUACUCAGUCCUGAAGAGAUUAACAAGAUGUCAGUCUGCAAGAUCGAGUAUCCAGAGACGGCAGACGAGACCGGCAGACCCAAACCCAAUGGCCUCUCAGAUCCCCGUCUUGGUACCGUCGACCGCAACUUCAAGUGUCAGACGUGCGGUGAAGGUAUGGCAGAGUGUCCGGGCCACUUCGCCCAUGUCGAGCUCGCGCGACCCGUAUACCACAUUGGCUUCAUCAACAAGGUCAAAAAGAUCUUGGAGAGCGUCUGUGUGCAUUGCGGUAAGCUCAAAGCAGACCAGUACACCAAUCCGCGAUUUGCCGAAGACCUCCGCCUCACCCGCAACAACCGCAAGCGUCGAUUCCAAAAGGUCUGGGAGAAUUGCUCCAAGAUCUCGACGUGCGAGGCUGACGAGCCAAAGACGGAAGAGGAUCACAUGAAUGACGAAGAUGAUCGUCCAGGUCAUGGCGGGUGUGGGCAGGAGCAGCCGGCCAUUCGUCGAGAAGGCUUGAAGUUGUUCACGCAGUGGCGAAAGGCAAAGGAAGAGGGCGAGGACGGCGGCGCAAAGACGUCGCAGCCAGAGAAGCGCAAGCUGGCCCCUUCAGAGGCUCUCGCCAUCUUGAAGCGCAUCCCAGAUGAGGACAUUGAGAUCAUGGGCUUGUCGAGGGAGUGGGCUAGGCCAGAGUGGAUGAUCUUGACGGUCAUGCCCGUACCGCCGCCGCCUGUACGACCGGCCAUCAGCGAGGGUGGCACAGCAAAGGGCGAGGACGAUUUGACGUACAAGCUGGCAGAGAUCAUCAAGGCUUCGCAACAGCUCAAGCGAUUCGAGCAAGAGGGAGCGCCGGCGCACAUCGUCGAUGAGUUUGAGGACGUGCUGCAGUACCACACUGCGACGUACAUGGACAACGACAUUGCCGGUAUCCCGCAGGCUUUGCAGAAGAGUGGACGACCUGUCAAGUCGAUUCGUGCUCGUCUCAAGGGCAAAGAGGGACGUUUGCGUGGUAACUUGAUGGGCAAGCGAGUCGACUUCUCAGCGCGUACCGUCAUUACCGGCGACCCGCAUCUCGACCUCGACCAGGUUGGCGUACCCAAGAGCAUGGCUCGUAACCUCACGUACCCUGAGCGCGUCACGCCUUACAACAUCUCGCACCUCCAGCAGCUGGUCCGCAACGGUCCGAACGAGUGGCCUGGCGCCCGCUACGUCAUCCGCGAUACCGGAGAGCGUAUCGACUUGAAGUACAACCGCCGCGGCGACAUGGCGCUGCAAUUCGGCUGGAUUGUCGAGCGUCAUCUGCGUGAUGGCGACUACGUCCUCUUUAACCGUCAGCCGUCGCUGCACAAGAUGUCAAUGAUGUGCCAUCGCAUCAAGCUCAUGGACUACUCGACCUUCCGUCUCAACCUUUCCGUCACGCCUCCGUACAAUGCCGACUUCGACGGUGAUGAGAUGAACUUGCACGUAGCGCAAAGCGAGGAGAGCAGGGCAGAGCUGAGCCAAAUUGCAUGGGUAGCAAAGAACAUCGUCUCUCCGCAGGCCAACAAGCCAGUCAUGGGUAUCGUGCAGGACACGCUGUGCGGUAUUCGUAAGUUCACGGUGCGAGACAUGUUGAUGGACUUCGAGCAGGUUCAGCAGGUGCUGCUGCAGGUGCCCGAGUGGAAUGGCGAGAUGCCCAUGCCGUGCGUGCUGCGACCCAAGCCGUUCUGGUCGGGCAAGCAGAUCCUCUCGAUGUGCAUUCCAAAGGGCAUCAACAUCUUCCAAGGGUCGGACAACUUGAAGCCUUCGACAAACAAUCUGGCAGACGCUGGUGUGCACAUCGAGGACGGUGAGAUCCUCUUCGGCGUCAUCAACAAGAAGAUCGUAGGAGCGCAGGCCGGCGGCUUGAUCGACAUCAUCUUCCGUGAAAAGGGGCCCGUAGUAUGCCGCGACUUCUUUGGUGGGGCACAGCGAGUCGUCAACUUCUGGCUGCUGCACAAUGGCUUCUCCAUCGGCAUCGGCGACACGGUAGCAGACAAGGCUACGGCCGCGUAUGUUACCGAGGCCAUCAACAAGGCCAAGACGGAGGUCACGCGCUUGAUCGAAGACGCGCGCAUGGACAAGCUGGGCACUGAGCCAGGUAUGACGCUGCGAGAGUCAUUCGAAGCUGCUGUCAACAAGACGCUCAAUACCGCUCGUGACUCGGCUGGUACCAAUGCCGAGAAGUCGCUCCCCGAUUGGAACAACGUCAAGCAGAUGGUCAUUGCUGGCUCCAAGGGCUCAUUCAUUAACAUCUCGCAGAUGUCGGCUUGUGUAGGCCAGCAGUCAGUAGAGGGCAAGCGCAUUCCCUUUGGCUUCCGUCAUCGCACACUCCCCCACUUCGCCAAGGACGACUUCACCCCGGAGUCGCGAGGCUUCGUCGAGAAUUCGUACCUGCGAGGCUUGACGCCGCAGGAGUUCUUCUUCCACGCUAUGGCUGGGCGAGAGGGUCUGAUCGACACAGCCGUCAAGACGGCCGAGACAGGAUACAUUCAGCGUCGUCUCGUCAAGGCGCUUGAGGACAUCAUGAUCUGCUACGACGGUACUGUGCGCAACUCGACGAACAGCGUUAUUCAGUUUGCGUACGGCGAGGACGGUAUUGAUGGUGCCAAGGUGGAGCGUCAGAACCUCCUCACCCACACUUUGACCGAUGCCGAGUUCCACCGACGAUUCCGCGUCGACUUGCAAGAGGGUGGCUUCAGGAAGGGAUCGCUGCAAGCUGGUCUCGAUGACUGGUCAGCGGAGUUGCAGGAUCUCCUUGACGAGGAGUACGCUAGGCUUCAAGAGGACCGCCGUCUGCUGCGCGGCUUCAUCUUCAAGACGGACCGCUCUGACGUCCAGCUGCCAAUCAACAUUGCCCGCCUGAUCCUCAAUGCCAAGCAGGAGUUCCGUGUGGACUCGCGCAAGCCCAGCGACCUGCCUCCGGGCGAGAUCGUCACGGGCGUCAAGGAGACGCUAGACCGCCUCAUCGUCGUGCGGGGCAAUGAUCGUAUCAGUCGCGAGGCUCAGAUCAACGCGACGCUCCUCCUCAAGAUCCACUUGCGCGCGUACCUCUCUUCGAAGAACGUCAUCGAGUACCUGCGCCUGGAUCGCCGCUCCUUCGAGUACGUCUUGGCCGAGGUCGAGGACCAGUUUGCCAAGGCAGUCGCCAAUCCGGGAGAGAUGUGCGGUACCCUCGCUGCUCAGUCGAUUGGAGAGCCCGCCACGCAGAUGACGCUCAACACCUUCCACUACGCUGGUGUCGCCUCAAAGAAUGUCACCCUUGGUGUGCCCCGUCUCAAGGAGAUUAUCAACUGCGCCGAGAACAUCAAGACGCCCAUGGUGCGCGUGUACCUGCAGGCCCCCUACAAUGGAUGGCAUGACCACAGCGACAACCAGCAGGCUCUCGCCAAGCCCAUUCAAGCCGCGCUCACCCACACGACGCUGCAGACGAUCACGGGCGCCGUCGAGAUCCACUACGACCCCGACCCGACAAACACGCUCAUCGAGGAGGAUCGCGACUUCGUCGAGUCAUUCUUCGCCGUGCCAGACGAGGACGUCGAGCGUACACUGGACCGCCAAUCCCCUUGGAUGCUCCGUUUCAUCCUCGACCGUGGUCAGAUGCUCGACAAGAACUUGACGAUGGCUGAGGUGGCUGCUGAGGUCACUCAACUGUUCGGCGACGACGUCUUCGUGAUGCACUCGGAGGACAAUGCUGACCAGCUGGUACUGCGAGUCCGUACCGUCAACAACGAGCCGGACAAGGAGGCCAUGGGCGAUGAGGAGACCUUCUUGAAGCAAUUUGCCAUUCAGAUGUUGACCGACAUCGAUCUCAAGGGCAUCAAGGGCAUCAAAAAGGUCUUCAUCACCAAGACGGACAAAGACGCGAUGCGCCUUAAUCCUGAGACGGGUUCGUGGGAGAAGGUGCAGGAGAACAUCCUCGAAACGGAGGGCACCAACUUCAAGGAGAUCUUGGCGGCAGACCAUGUCGAUCCUCACCGUACCGUGUCCAACAACUGCGUUGAAGUCUUCCACGUCCUCGGUAUCGAGGCUGCGCGCAACUCCAUCCUGCGCGAGGCCAAGCAGGUCAUCGAGUUCGACGGAUCUUACGUCAACUACCGUCACUUGGCUCUGCUCUGUGACAUUAUGACGAGCCAGGGAGUCCUCAUGGCCAUCACGCGUCACGGCAUCAAUCGCACGAAUCAGGGUGCGCUUAUGCGCUGCUCCUUCGAGGAGACGGUCGAGAUCUUGAUGGAAGCGGCCGCGAUGGGUGACAUUGACGAUUGCAAGGGCGUGGCGGAGAAUGUGCUGCUCGGACAGAUGGCGCCCAUGGGUACGGGAGCAUUCAGCGUCAAGCUCGACGUCGAGGCCCUCAAGGACGUCAUCGUCGACUAUCGCAUGCCCGUCCAAGCCAUGAUGGCUGCGGCUAUCGACCCGUCCGGCAGCAAGACGCCUGGAGGCAUGAUGACCCCCUACGACUCCAGCUCGCCGCUCGACGAGGAUGCUUUCCGAGUGCAGGACCAGGCCAUGUUCUCACCGCUUGCUCAGCCAGGCGAAGAUGCGUACGACGGAUGGCUUCAGCCUGGUCAGUCUCCCAUGCGCACACCCAUGGGCGGUCAGUCACCCGGUGCAGGCCUGUACGGUGCUUCACCUGGUUAUUCGCCCGCUUCACCAGCCUAUGCGCCCAUGUCGCCUGGACGAGGCGGUAUCUCUCCUUGGGUUGCGCGUGGUGCUGCUUCACCCAAUGCAGGCUACUCUCCCGCCUCACCCAACAUCAACUUCGGCGCCACAUCUCCUUCGUACAGCCCGACCUCUCCCUCCUUCAGCCCGACCUCGCCUGGCUACUCGCCCACCUCUCCGCGCGCCUACUCGCCGGCUUCGCCAAGCUUCUCUCCCACCUCUCCCAAAGCGGCGCACGGCACCAGCCCCGCUUCCCCAUCCUACUCCCCUGCAUCGCCUAGAUGGAGCCCCACCUCACCUAAAGGUUACUCUCCCGCCUCACCUGCCUACUCGCCUGCAAGCCCACGCUUCCAGACCAGCCCCACCUCCCCUGCUGCGGGCAAGAUGCCAGGCCUCUCGCCGACCAGCCCGGCUUACUCGCCUGCCUCUCCGGCUUACUCGCCCACUAGCCCGCAGUACAGCCCUACGAGCCCGCAGUACUCUCCGACCAGCCCGCAGUACUCCCCUGCCAGCCCGGCGUACAGUCCUACGAGCCCGAAGUGGUCGCCUACUAGUCCCCAGGUCAAUGGCGGGCAGGGUGGCGGUAGGCAGGGUGGCAGCAGUGGCGGCGCUUCAUCGCCGAAUAGGUCCAGGUUUACGCAACAGAGUUCUUGGGCAGCGGGGCGACGCUAGGCGAUUGAUGGGCCCCAUUCCCCCCUUUACCCCGCCCUCUGCUCUGCAUUUACUCCCUAGCAAAUUCGAUGCUCAAAAAACAGGCGCUCUCUCCCGACGUCCCCCUUCCUCUCGCCUCCCCCAUUGUAACACUUCCCUUCACUCUCGUCUUGUCCCACUCUCACAUCUCUCGGGUCGUACAUUCACCCUUCA